CUUCAUGUAUUGUUUCAAUUUUUUUUGGUGUACUUUUCUAAAUUUUAGUAAUUUAAAAAUUCAUAUACAUAUAAUGCAUAAUUCAAACAUAAUACUUCCACUGCAUUCUUUUAAUAGAAAAAUUUUCGCAACCGAUUUUAAUAUGAAUUCAAGACACAUAUACAAAAUCUUAAUAAUAUGUAAGUGAUGUUAUCUUUACAAAUGGAGGGUUAAAUAACCUGAUUAUUGAUUGGAGCAGUCUAUCAUGCCAAUUGUUUGGACUGAACACGAAACUUUGAAAUUAGUAACUCUUUAUAGCGAACAUGAGUGUUUAAGGAAUCCUUUGCAUCCUAAUUUUAAAGAUAAACUUUCUCGCUACAAAGCAUACAAAAAUAUUGUGGAUCACAUGAAUAUCUGUGGUUUGACAGUCUGUGAUUGUAUCAAAAGAAUCACUUACAUAAAAGCUCAAUAUUGUUAUGAAUUGUCUAAAAUCGGUGCAGCAAUAUCUUGCGAAAAGUUUUAUAAACCAACAGCAAGUUGGUUUCCAAUAAUACAUCAACUGUUUUUUCCAUUUAUAACACAGGAUUGUAUAAAUGAUUUCUGGAAGAUAAGUCAUGAUAAAAAAGAUGUAUUUAACGAUUAUCGUGAAGAAACAAAUAAGCAAUUAACCCGUUCGACUUCGAUGGAAUUAGAUACACCAGGAAGAGACUGUAUUUGUCCCUAUGCAAAUUGUCAUUGUGAUAUAUCCUACUUAACUAAAUCUCGCGCACAUGCCAAGAAAGUAACUAAAACUGAUGUUGGGAGUAAUAGCAGGAGAAGUAUUAAUACAGAACACGCAGCACAAACUGAUGUGUCCUAUUUCAAAAUCAAGGGUACAAGUUGUCAAAUACAUCUGGAAGAUGAUAUACUCACUGCAGAGGAUAGUAAAGGGAAAAAGAAAAGUUACGAAGAGUUUGAUAUGUUUGGAAAGAAUAUAGCGUGUCAACUACGCAACAUAGAUUUUGAAAUUGCUAUUAAACUGGAGAAACGUAUACAAGAUCUAAUUGCACAAGAACGUCUCGAUAAUAUGAAAGCAAACUGUUCGGAAUGUUAUACUUCGUCAAAUUGUAGCGAAUGUAAAAUUAUUCGUAAGGAAAUGGUUUGUAACUGUGGUUUGCCAGUGAUUAUGAUCAAGACAGAUCAAUGUUGCGAAUUUGAUUGCAAGCAAACACUUUAAGUGAAAAAAAAUUCUAUCGUACCCGUCAAAUAUUUAAAUGUUUAGCACACAGAUAUUUUAAACAAGAUCCAUAAUACACAGUACAUCAUUAAAUUGGUAUUUGUCUGUGUUGUAUUAUUACAAAAUUAAUUUAAUAAAUAAUCUAGUGGUGUGUA